AGGGCUCCCGCGGCCUCUCGCGAGACUCCCACCCCCACGUCACCGGCAGACCAGACGGCGACAACAUGGCGGAGCGGAGGAGACAUAGGAAGCGGGUCCAGGAAGUUGGUGAGCCGUUCAAAGAGGAGAAAGCUGUAGCCAAAUACCUACGGUUCAACUGUCCAACAAAAUCUACCAACAUGAUGGGCCACAGAGUUGAUUAUUUUAUUGCCUCAAAAGCUGUGGAUUGCCUUCUGGAUUCUAAAUGGGCAAAAGCCAAGAAGGGAGAGGAAGCCUUAUUCACAACUCGAGAGUCUAUAGUUGAAUAUUGCAACAGACUCCUAAAGAAACAGUUCUUUCACCGAGCAUUGAAAGUGAUGAAAAUGAAGCCUGAUAAGGACACAAAAAAAGAAAAAGAGAAAGGAAAGACUGAGAGUGGGAAAGAGGAUGAGAAAAAGAGCAAGAAGGAAAGUGGCAAAGAUGAAAAGACUAAGAAGGAGAAAGAGAAGGAAAAGAGAAAGGAUGGUGAGAAAGAAGAGUGCAAGAAGGAUGAGAACCCAGGAACACCCAAGAAAAAGGAAACCAAGAGAAAAUUUAAACUUGAGCCCCAUGAAGAUCAAGUUUUUCUGGAUGGAAAUGAGGUGUAUGUGUGGAUCUAUGACCCAGUUCAUUUUAAAACAUUUGCCAUGGGACUUGUUCUUGUGAUUGCGGUUAUAGCUGCAACUCUCUUCCCGCUUUGGCCUGCAGAGAUGCGAGUAGGUGUUUAUUACCUCAGCGUAGGCGCAGGCUGUUUUGUAGCCAGUAUUCUCCUCCUUGCUGUUGCCCGCUGCAUUCUCUUCCUCAUUAUUUGGCUGAUAACUGGAGGAAGGCAUCACUUCUGGUUUUUGCCAAAUCUGACAGCAGACGUGGGUUUCAUUGACUCCUUCAGGCCCCUGUACACACACGAAUACAAGGGACCAAAAGCAGACUCAAAGAAAGAGGAGAAAUCAGAGUCCAAAAAGCAGCCGAAGUCUGACAGUGAGGAGAAAUCAGAUAGUGAGAAAAAAGAAGAUGAGGAUGGAAAAGUCGAAGCAACAGGCAACUCAGGAGCAGAUGGCUCUGGAGGAGAGCGGCAUUCAGACACAGACCGUGAUAGGCGUGAGGAUGACCGAUCCCAGCAUAGCAAUGGAAAUGGAAAUGAUUUUGAAAUGAUCACAAAAGAGGAACUUGAACAGCAAACAGAUGAAGGAGAUUGUGAGGAGGAGGAGGAGGAGGAGGAAGAAGAGGAAGAAGAAACUAGGCCUUUACAUGAAAAAUCCUAACUCACGGUAGUUUUGAGACUGAAUAUGUGCAAAACAAUUGGAUUUUCUUCAUUGGCUGAUCACCAAAAUGUAGUUACAGUAACAUUCUUUCCAUUUGUUUGAAAUACACGUUAUCCAAACAGUUUUAUAUCUAGUUUCUUCAUUUUUAAAAAACUAUUAGCUUGAUUACUUGAUACAAUCUGAAGUCAUUAAAACACAUUUACAAAAGUUUUUUGUCAAUUUGACAAGUUUUCUGUCAUUCUAUAAUUUGUCUAGAUAGUUGUCAAAACGUACAGAAGAACAUAGUUUCCCUAUUGUCAUUUUCUGGUACUUGCAUAACUUUUCAGUAAGUAUAGCCUACUCAAAAUAGCUUUGUAAAAUGGUAAAAGUUGAAUGACCAAAUCUCACAUUAUUCCUAGUAUAUUCAUUUGAUAGCUAGUUAAGUAAAGCACUUCUUAGCUCAUGGCUCUCUUGACGUUCUUCUUGAUUUUUAUAAAAUUGUAAGAAAAAACUUUAAGACAACUAGUUUUAGCAGAAGGUAAUUUUAAAGUAUUUUGCUAGACAUACAAGCUGGUAGUGCUUAUUUGGCAGCAGUGUUUUCAGUUGUGUACAAAUUGUGUACCACCAACUUAAGAAAUCCAAACUGUUUUGUACAUCUGGUUCAGAGAAAGAUGUCAUCUCGAGGAGGCAAAGGGAACAGCAUAGUUUGGAAACUAUGGCUGUCGUCUUUUCCCCCUCACUUCCCCCACUAUCAUAAUUGAAGAAGAAAUGAUUCUGUAUGUAAUUUUAAAAUAAAGCAACCCUUUUUAUUUUAACUGUUACUUAUUAUUUAGAAGUUUUAUCCAAAUUUCAAUUUGUAUAAUUGAAACCAUUUCAGGGUGUAUUUGUCAGAGAAAUGCAAGAUGGAGGACCUCACAGAAUCUGUUUGUGAUUGGUAGAUUUGUCCCAGGAGCUUUAGUUUCCUGCCAACAUUCCAUGUAUUUGAGUGAGUAAAUUGAUCCUUAUUAAACAAAAGCAGAUAACAGCUGUCUGUAUGCCUUAAUGUUAAUCUUAACAUUUUCUAUAUUCAGAAACUGGAGUACUAUAUUAACUGAUGAGUAGGUACAUCUUGAGAGUAUUCACUUGUUCAGAAGUACAGAUAACAAAAAAGCUAAUUCAAAAGAUGACCAAGAUCAAAUAGUUUUCAAAACUGCUGAAGCAAUUUGAAUGUUCAGUUUGUCUCACACCUCUUAUUUGCUAGACUGUUGGAGGACAUUUUGUGUUUAGUUAUAUAAGCAUUUAAAAAGUUAAGAUGACAUAAUUCCUCUGAAUCAUUCAAUUUCAGACCAAUUGAAAUUGUGAAUACAGAUGAUAUUCCUCCCUGACAUCACUGUGAGGAAAGAAUGCUAGUUGUUGCUUGAAUUUUCAAUAGUUGACAUUUUUUUUCUUGAAUUGCUCUUUUCCAUUACCAGUGUUUUGAAUGAAGAUGUUAAUUUUUCUGAUUGUGCAAAUAUAUACAUUUUACAUGUGCAUUGA